UGGCAGAUUUGGAUCCGGAGAUGUUCUGAAGAACCGAACCGCCUGUCUGAAUGGAUCCUGAUCCACUCUGCCGCCACGGUGCUUCCUACAUUCCGUUUUUCAGUCCAUAGAUGGGGCCGUGGUUCCUCCGCAGAACGUUGCUGCACGCUGCGCGCACGUGUGAGCGCUCGUGUGCGUCCGGAGGAGGAGAGCGGCGGUCAGGCGCGCGGAUGAACGCACCUUUGUUUUUCUCGGAGCCCACAGCCGUCUCGCGUCUUCAUGUCGGACUCCUGCACGACCUGAACGCGCAGCUUUAUUUCCCCCUGAUCCGGGUCCGGAUCCAGCAGAGGAACCUCGGGCUCCCACCGCUGCAGGAACUUUCUGGGAUUCUUAUUUCCUCGCGCAGACUUUCGGAGUGAAAGCGGCCGCCAUGGCCACCCUGAGGGGGGGUUGGAUCUGGAUGCUUCUCUGCUUUCCAAACGUGAGAUGUAACGCUGAUCCAGGCCUGUCAGCAGAUCCAGAUGUUCUUCCAGAAGCUCAGAGUGGAGCUGCACCUACAGCCGAAGGUUAUUUCCUGGAAUUCCAGGAACCAGUCAACAACAUCACCCACUUCCAGGGUCAGACCGCCACGCUGCACUGCAGAGUCACAGGAAACCCUCGACCAUCCAUCCGCUGGCUGAAGAAUGACGCUCCCGUGGUCCAGGAGCAGGGACGCAUCAGCAUCCGGAGGACGGAGGCUGGGUCAAAGCUCCGCAUCCAGGACCUGGACACCACAGACACCGGUUACUAUCAGUGUGUCGCCUCCAACUCGCUGAAGGCCAUCUCUGCUACGGGCGUCCUCUACGUCAAACUGGGACAGAUGCCGACUCUCGGACCAGACGAACCUUCGAGUACCAAAGGUUUCUGCCAGCCGUAUCGAGGUAUCGCCUGCGCUCGCUUCAUCGGUAACCAGAGCAUCUACGUUGAGUCUCUGCAGACUCAGGGGGAGAGGGAGAACCGCAUCACAGCGGCCUUCACUAUGAUUGGCACCUCCACCCACCUAUCAGAUCAGUGCUCCAGGUUUGCCAUCCCAUCCUUCUGCUACUUCGUCUUCCCUCUGUGUGACGAGGGUUCUCGGCUUCCUCGGCGCCGCCAGCUUUGUCAAGAUGAAUGCGAGGCUCUGGAGAACAACAUUUGCCAUGCAGAGUACACCAUUGCCCGGUCCAACCCCAUGAUCCUCAUGCAGCUGGAGCUGCCCAGCUGCCACCUGCUGCCACGGACGGGCACCGCCGAAGCUGCUUCCUGUAUCAGGAUAGGAGUCCCACCAGAGAAACUGGGCCCAUAUUCUCCCUCCGAUCACAGCUGCUACAAUGGAAGUGGGGCGGACUACAGAGGAACCGUCAGCGUUACGAAAUCCGGACACCUCUGCCAGCCAUGGAGCGCUCAGUUUCCUCACAGUCACCACCUCUCCCAGGAAUACCCCGAGCUCUGGGGAAGUCACAACUUCUGCCGGAACCCAGGAGGCCAGAUGCAGGCGCCCUGGUGCUUCACUCUGGACCCGCAGGUCAGGAUGGACCUGUGUGACAUCUCUCCCUGCAAACCUCCAGAGAACCCGAGGAAGGAGAUCCUUUUCAUCCUCAUCCCUGCAGUGUCCAUCCCACUGCUCAUUGCUUGCCUUUUUUUCCUGGUUUGCAUGUGUCGAAAUAAACAAAAGGCUUCAAGUAUCACACCACCUCGCUGCCAGCUCAGCAUCUCACCCAGCCAGGACAUGGAGCUGGGCCUCCUCAGUCAGCAAAAACCCCAGGCCAAGCUCCGCGAGAUCAACAUGACGGCGGUACGAUUCAUGGAGGAGCUUGGCGAGGACCGGUUUGGUAUGGUGUACAAGGGCCAUCUGUACGGCACCGCUCCAGCUGAGCAGACUCAGGUUGUGGCCAUCAAGACUUUAAAGGACAAAGCUGACGGCAGUCUUUGUGAGGAGUUUCGCCAUGAAGCCAUGACCCGCUUUCACCUGCAGCACCAAAAUAUUGUUAGUUUGAUCGGUGUGGUCACUAAAGAGCAGCCAAUGAGGAUGAUAUUCACCUACUCCAGUCUCGGCGACCUGCAUGAGUAUCUAGUGAUGCGUUCGCCUAACUCAGAUGUUGGAAGUUCUGAUGAUGACAAAACAACCAAAUCCACCCUGGAGCAGGCAGAUUUCCUCCAUGUUAUCACUCAGAUUGCUGCUGGAAUGGAGUACCUGUCCAGCAACCAAGUUGUCCAUAAAGACCUGGCUGCCCGGAACAUUCUGGUCUUUGACAAACUCAGUAUUAAGAUCCUGGAUCUGGGCCUGUUCAGAGAUGUCUACUCUGCCGAUUACUACAAUCUUAUGGGAACAAGUCCUUUCCCCAUUCGUUGGAUGUCCCCAGAAGCGAUCAUGUACGGCAAGUUUUCCACGGAUUCGGACAUCUGGUCUUACGGGGUGUUGCUAUGGGAGACAUUCAGCUAUGGUCUUCAGCCAUAUUGUGGCUACUCCAACCAGGAUGUGAUAGAGAUGGUACGCAGCCACCAGUUACUGCUUUGCCCAGACGACUGCCCAGCUUGGAUCUACACCCUCAUGUUGGAGUGCUGGAGUGAAUUCCCAGCAAGAAGGCCUCGCUUCAAGGAUAUCCAUGCACGUCUGCGCUCCUGGGACAGCCUCUCCAACUAUACCAGCCCUGCCCAGACCUGUGGUACCAGCAAUACUACCCAGACCAGCUCUCUCAGCACCAGCCCUGUUAGCAACAUUAGCAUGAACACAGCAAAUGCAUCACGCUACACCAGCCCUAAAAAGAGUUCACCAUUCCAUCAACCCCAGUUCGUGUCAAUGAAGGGUCCACUGCAUCGACCAAUAGUUUCACCACAGCUAUACAUCCCUGUCAACGGGUACCACCCCAUGCCGGCAUACCCAUACCUGCAGAACUUUUACCCCAUGCAAAUACCCAUGGCAAUGCCCCACCAGCAGAUGCACCAACCACCACAAAUUGCUCCUAAAGCUGGUUCUCACCACAGUGGCAGUGGAUCCACAUCUACAGGCUACGUCACCACUGCCCCCUCCAACACUUCGGCCACUGAGCGAGCAGCUUUGCUGAAUGUGGACUCCAGGACCAACGAUGAAGGCUUGGCUGAUGGGGCGCCUCAGGACGAGCCCAACCAAGACCAGGUUUUGCCAGUUCCUGAAACAGAACUGCUUGGUGACACUGAGGCUCCUCAAAUUGAUGAACUGAUGAUCCACUUAUCAGACUCGUGAGGGAGGUGUUGUGUGAAGGACAGCUGAAAAAAUCAGUAAUCAGCAUCAAAUGAAGGGACAAACUUUACAUGAGACUAUUUGAAUGUUUUGAUGUUUUUAAUAACACUUCGUGUGUUAAGCAGCUCUAUGUUUUUUCAACACUCUUAUUUUUAUAGGCCAUGAAAUAUCAGCUGUUUUUACUGUUUCUGUGCAAAACAAUUUUUUUUAUUUUCCUUUAAAAAGUUGCAGUUGUUGCCUUCACAGAAGAAAGUGCUCAUUACAUUACCAUGAUUGUCAGGACGGCUGUAAAGCUGGACCCCCAAACACCAGCUGAUGUGGACCGUGCUGGAAUGCAGAACCAAAGCCUGAGGAGCUGCUACCUAAGUAGCAGAGUUCUGCAGUGUUGGACAAAAACUACUUUGUUUCACCCUUUCAUCGUAAUUUUAUUGUUGUUUUGGUGAUUAUUAUUUUUUGAUUUAUAAAGAAAAUGCAACGAGAGAAUGAUGAUUGUACAACAGAUGUAUAAUGGAAAUAAAUCUUUUAGAAUUUCUGAAAUAAGCAGUGAAUUUCUAACUUAGUAAUUUUACUAAGACGCGUUUUGGAACUUAACUCUAUCAGUCAGGACAAGAGCCUUAAUUUCAUGCAAAUGACAAUAGUUUUGAUCCGGGGAAAUUAAGUUUGCAAAACUCAGCAGUUGGAAAACUCAGGAGUUCCAGCUGCUGAGUUUUCCAUGUUCAGUAAAUGCUAACAGUGUAGAUGCUAACAGAGUAGAUGCUAACCAAGCAGAUGCUAGCAGAGUAAAUGCUAACAGAGUAGAUGCUAACCAAGCAGAUGCUAGCAGAGUAAAUGCUAACAGAGUAGAUGCUAACCAAGCAGAUGCUAGCAGAGUAAAUGCUAACAGAGUAGAUGCUAACCAAGCAGAUGCUAGCAGAGUAAAUGCUAACAGAGUAGAUGCUAACCAAGCAGAUGCUAGCAGAGUAAAUGCUAACAGAGUAGAUGCUAACCAAGCAGAUGCUAGCAGAGUAAAUGCUAACAGAGUAGAUGCUAACCAAGCAGAUGCUAGCAGAGUAAAUGCUAACAGAGUAGAUGCUAACCAAGCAGAUGCAGUAUUUUCGCUCCUGUAAUAUGCUACCCAUGCACUACGCUAACAUUUCCCCCUUGCUGAUGAAACUUUGAACAUUCACUGUCAUGACGUUGUACAGAUUUUUUUAUGUGUAUAUACUUUAAUCCCUUUCAUUUGUUAUGAUUUGCCUAUAGAGUGCUAAGCUUGGAGUUGAUAGUGUCUUUUUAUUUUUUUACUGUUUGUUUUUACUAAGCACAUUUUUGUUGUUUUCCAUUUUUUAUAAUCUUUUAUCAAAAAUGAAAUGUUAAAUAAAACGUUAGCAGCAGCAUCACGACAUGAAAUAUGAAACAUUGCAAACUAUAAUAUGUAGAGAAAAACACAACAUUAAUGCAGUAUCUGCAGAAGAGACAGAAAGAACAAUAAAAUAUCCACCUAUGGAUGAAUGAAUUAUUUGCUGUAAAAUUUUGUGCUACUUCUCACUGGUUCAAAAGAAUAAAGUACAACAGGAAUAAGUGGGAAUAAAAAGAUUAUCUGCAAGUCAAAACUGAAAAAAUAUAAAUGACUUCAACCCCACUUCCAAAAAAAUUGGGACAAAUACGAUAAUUCAGUGAUUUACAAACCUCAUACAUCCUCAUUUUUCCCCCAAU